AGUGAAGUUGAUCCCUCAAGAAAAGUAGGUGCUGUUUUUGUCGAUAUGGCUCCAAAUUUCAGCGGAGCUAAAAAAGGUGCAAGCUUUCCAAGCAUGUAUCUCGGAGAAAAUCUUCGUAUCACUGUCGCAGCUAAUCAGGGCGGCCGUAAGUACAUGGAAGACCGGGUGCAUAUCGAAACUAUAAGAAACGAUGAUGGAUCUAUCAAAUUUACUUUUUUUGGCAUAUUCGAUGGUCAUGGUGGGCAUGAGGCUAGCGAAUAUGUCAGGAAAAACCUCUUAAACAAUAUAAUGAAUAGCGAUCUUUUCCAUUCCGACGAUGACGAUGAUGUGCUGGAAGCGAUACGAUUAGGAUUUCUUAGUACACACCACGGAAUCUGGAAAAUAGUUUGUAAGUUAGGCAUCUGUAAUUGCGUCGCUACGUAG